AUGACGGGUACGACAAAAGAGCCAAGAAAGACUGAAAAGAAAAAGGGCAGAAAAAAUGCGAAGCAACCACCCGAAGACGUCGAAGACGAAAGUUCACGACCGGAGGACUCAGAAACAAAGGCAGAAAACGAACAAAAAGAAGAGGAAGAGACGUUGACAGGGCUAAAUGUUGACAAAAAAAAAUAUCUGCACCUAGAGGGUACUGCUGACCAGACUGACGGCAAAAAAGAAACUAAAGUGGACCAAAAUAAUAUUAGUACAAUAGGUGUUGUAUUAAUAAUUGUAUUAAUUGCUGUCACUGGUUUAGGUCUAUUCAGUUCAUCCAGUUCAAAGGAUAGUGUUGCUAACAACAUAGAAUUAGGUCUAAGUCAGCUUGAAAAUGAUUACCAAAAUCAACCUCAAUUUAGCUAUAAAAAGUUGAGAAGCAGAAUGAGAUCAUAUAUCCAUCAUAAAACAUCACCACAACCUUUCGUCUUGAUGGUUGCAUCAGCUGAAGACAACCAACAGACAGCUGAAUGUUUUGCAAAUCGGAUUGCAAAACUACUCACAACAGCAGCUGUAAUAAUAAAUGGCUCCAAAUACUCAGAUACUCCAUCAGAUGAUGCAAAAGAGACUAUUGAUGAACUUCUCAGAGAUGAAUUUGGAAAAGAAAAGUUUCCAACAGCAGCCAUAAUUCACAACUUUGAUUCAAUCCCAUAUGGAACUACCAGUCUGUUUUAUGCAUAUUGUGACCAUGACAAUCCUAUGUAUAAAGAAGCAGCAAUUAUAUUUACCAUCACAUUACCACAUAGUUAUCAAAUUGGCUCAAACGAGGUUGAUCGUGAAGGACUUGUUGGAAGGUAUUUAAAGGAGGACAGCCCAUGGGUAAAAGAUGAAAAAUUUAGUAUGGACGUCAUGGGUGGACUGAUUAGUCUCAUCACAGACACUAUUAUUGUUGUCAACAAGGAGAGCAAAGAAGCCUUAGAAAGUUCAUGUUAG